GGUGAGCAUGCUCGAACGAAGGUCGAAUUCCUCAUCUUCUUCCAUUUUCAUUUCCAUCCACUGCUGCUUUUGGUGUUUCAGAGUGAUGACUUUCACUUUGGUGACGGUCCUGGUUGUCUAUUAUUUGUGUACCUGUUCUUGUUGUUUCUAGUUUCUGUUCUGAAUAAUUACAUUUUGGGUGGAGGAGGAGAUGGUGGAGAAACCUGUUCUUGUUGUUUCUAGUUUCUGUUCUGAAUAAUUACAUUUUGGGUGGAGGAGGAGAUGGUGGAGAUACCUGUUCUUGUUGUUUCUAGUUUCUGUUCUGAAUAAUUACAUUUUGGGUGGAGGAGGAGAUGGUGGAGAAACCUGUUCUUGUUGUUUCUAGUUUCUGUUCUGAAUAAUUACAUUUUGGAUGGUUUAGGCAGUUUAGAAUUAGAAGGCAGCGGAUAAUUAUACAGAUAUCGUAUUUAUCUUGAAUGUGCAUGCUGCUGCCGUUUCCAAUCCAUAAGAAUAGUAACUUCAGAAAUUAAACUAAAAAUACAGCAUCAACAACAUAUCAUCGAAUGCUAUGCCCCUCAAAACAUGUAUAUUAUAGAUUAAGUAGCAUAUGAACACGUUGAUUGCCCUACAUACUAUUGGACGCUUAUUACUUAAUUUAAAACUUAAAGGUUGACUUUCAUUGUAUAUUCUACAAAGCUCCGCCUGAUUGCAGAUGGGCAGUGGGCGUCAGCCUACUAGUUUCUCCACUUGAAUAAGAAAACAUACUGAUACUGCUGCAACACGGUUGACUUCCGGCAGCUUCUAAUAUUUUAGCGGUAGUUUCCCGAAUUCUGCGGCGAAAGAGAAUAAGGGCAAAGUUGUUGGCCCUUGAAAUGAUUCACUUUUAGGCUUCAGGGCCGGCGGACCCAGGGAUCGAAAAGCGUCGGCGGUCUCCGUCCCAGAACGACGAAGACCAACCAGUGGGAAGAGGAGAAGGAAAUGAAGACGAAGCAGCCUUUUUCAAAGACGUGUCAGAACCGGUGCCAUGAGCGAAGUGUGAGUCAAAUAAAACGCGAGCCGUGAAGCGCCUCCUUUCUAUCUCUCUUUUAUGACGUGCUGUUGGGCUCCACGCUGGUCCUAGCUAAAGGAAGGCAGCCCAUGCAGCGCCCGGUAUUUCCGCUCCCCAACGUGUCUCGCUUCCCUACGUUGGCACAGAAAGAGAGGUGAAGGAGCAACAGGCAAAAACCGGGUUGCCCUGUCGGAGAUUGCCUUCUCCGGCAAGGGCAACAACCUGUUGGUGGGUCUCCGGCUACGCCUAUUUGAUUGCGUUUGCGUAAAGAAAUAGGGGUGGUGGCUCUGUUCUGGUCGUCAUUGAGCCGUCGUCGUUGAUCAAGAAGCUGCGCGCCCUUGAUGUUGCCCUCCACCGCAGUCGCCGGCACUUCGUCGCCUACCCCGUUUCUCAAUGGAAUGGGAAGAACAAACUCUCGUGGUGAAUUUGAAAUGGAGCUUAGAAAUGGGUCUUCAGGAGCUGAUGCAACACUGAAUGGCAUAAAAUCUCGACUCUUUCGUUCUUUGAGUGGUGGAUGUAAUAGUUCCUGUGGUCAGAGGAGCUGGAGAAGAAGCUCAUUUGGCAUUCCUCGUGGCAUAAACAAUCACGUUGAUGGAGAUGAUGAGGUCAAGGUAGAGCUAUCACACAGAUCUUCAGAUGCUAACGUGAAGCUGGAUGGAGAAAACACUCAUCCAUUGCACUCCUUUAGUAGGUGUACUUCAAACCGCAAAGCAAGCAGUAGAAGAAGCUCUAGCAGUAUGCCUGAAACCAACUACCAGCUUGAUGUAGAUACCCUGGGUUCUAAUGAGCACCGCAUUAUCGUUGAUGGUUCACUAUUCCAUGAUGGGAACCCAAGAUUUGGUUCUAUUUCAUUGAGAAUGGAUGGUGAUAAGUCGCGUAGGGAUACAGGGAAGGUUGCACCUGAUGAUGUGCUUAUGUUAACUAGUGGAUUUUGCUUCCAAGAAGGUAUACAGUCAAGCAUGCAAUCGCCUGAUUCACCAAUAAAUUCAGAUAUCGUGGCUAUUCCUACUUUUUCUUGCAACAAUGAUGAUAAAACUUUCAAGCCACAGACGAUGGUUAUGCAGCCAUCCAGUUCAAAGGUGCCCAAGUAUAUACUACUCACUUACCUUGCUGUUUUUGGAAUCUUGGGGGUUUUACUAAGAUACCGUUUGCAAGAACUCUUUGGGCCUGAUAUUGUGAAACUUACAGAUGUCAAGUCUGUACUCUACACAGACCUUCCAGCAAAUAUACUUGGAUCCUUUCUGAUGGGUUGGUUUGGCUAUGUGUUCAAGGCAAACAUAGCUGACGUUUCAGAACCAUUAGCUGUUGGACUGAGUACUGGUCUUUUGGGAAGCCUUACAACAUUCAGUGGGUGGAUCCAGAAGAUGGUCAACCUAGCAACUGAAGGACAAUGGAUUUUGUGCAUUUCUGGUAUUAUCUUAAGCGUAGCAGCUACAAUUGGGGCCUUCAUAAUUGGGAUAUGUUCAGCUGAGCCAACAGGGUGGAUCUUGAAAAGGAUAACAGGACCAGUUCUUACCAAGAGAAAAAGACUUCAUAUAGCUCUUUAUUGGAUUAUUGUAAUAGCACUAUGUGUUGUCCUACUUUGUUUGAAAUUCAAGCCAAACGAGAGGUCCAAGGUAUUGUUAGCAUGCUUGUUUGGACCACCAGGUGUCUGGUUACGUUGGUUUCUGGGUAAAAGGCUGAAUGACAAAACCUUCAAAUCAAAGCAGUACAUAAUGUGGUUACCGUAUGGCACUCUAGCUGCCAAUGUAGGUGCAGUGGGAAUCAUGGCUGCUGUAUCUACAUUAGAUUUUGUGGUGAAGACAAAGCUUUUGGAUACACUACUGAAGGCAAUACAGCUUGGUUUCUUGGGAUGUUUGAGCACUGUGUCAACUUUUGUUCUAGAGAUAUUCAGUUUAUUUGAAGGUAGUGAUCUGGUGGAUCAUCAAUGUGAUCAUUCUGGUGAUCAUCAAUGGAGGGCCAUCGCUUAUGCUUUGUUGAGUGUUUGCUUAUCCUUUGUUUUGGAGAUUUUGUUGUACUCCAUACCCGUAUGGACCAAAGGAUAUGCCAACUAGCACUAUGCAAUUCCAUUCUAAUUCUUUGGAGAUUUUGACUCUACAUCUGUAUGGACCAAAGGAUAUGUCAACUAGCAGUAUGCAAGUCCAUUCUAGUUCAUAAAGGUCCCUGUCAUCAAACCUAUCUGAAUUACAGAAGAAGCUCCAUGAUGUUUGAUGUUUCAAAAAUGCAAUGCACGAAUCAACAUGAGAGAUGUAUGACUCAAAUAACUAAUAAGGACUUUGAUUCUCUUAAGUCACUGAGCACUGAUCUUCUGCUGAACCUGAUGAGAAAUUAUUAUGAAGAAACUUUUGUAGAGGACAUGAUAUCUGCCAUUGGAAUGAAGUACAAGUUUUUGGAUGCUGUGAAGUCAAGUUGAAGACCGUUAGAUGACAGUUAUUGAAAUUUUUAUCAGAUGGCUGAAAAUCCGAAAGCAAAAAAUGCUAGCCAUUUAUCCUUCCAUCAAAAUUUAGUCAACUUCUUUCAGCAGUACUUUGAUGGGGCAUGCUUUAGUCAAUUUUGUUGCUGUGGCUAUUCAAUGGUACACUUCAUGGGGAAUAGGGGUGAAGAAUUUGUCGUUCUUUGACUUCAGUUGUAAAACAACCCUAUGAAUAAAAAAUAUGAUUCUUUUUUAUUUGUUUCA